AUGUAUCUGAAUUAUUUCGCCACUGAAAUCUUCCAUCGAAGUGCGGUCUGUGAGUCAGAGGCUUGUCGUUCAUCAAAAACAAUGAUUGCUGACGUGUUCAAAUGGAAAUUCGAUGCAAACGAACUGUGGAGUCUUUUGACGAAUCGAGAUGAGACGUUUCCUCAUAUUAGAGGACGAAAGUUCAUUGAUGAACACUUUGGAUUGUUUGCUCAGAUGACAAUUGCUUAUGUCGUCGUCAUCUUCUCCAUCAAAAGAUUCAUGAGGGAUCGUGAACCAUUCCAACUUACAAAUGCCCUUCGUCUCUGGAACUUCUUCCUCUCGGUCUUCUCAAUCUAUGGGUCAUGGGCAAUGUUCCCAUUCAUGAUUGGACAAAUCAGACGUUUUGGACUUUAUGGAUGUGGAUGUGAGGCAUUGUCAACUCUUCCGAGUCAAGCAGAAUAUUGGUUGUUCUUGACGGUGUUGUCGAAGGCUUUGGAGUUUGUCGACACGAUUUUCUUAGUUCUUCGUAAGAAACCACUCAUCUUCUUGCAUUGGUACCACCACGUGGCUACAUUCCUUUUCUUCUGCGUCACCUAUCCAACUCCAUCGUCUCAAAUUCGUGUCGGAGCCAUCGUUAACUUGUUUGUGCACGCAUUCAUGUAUCCAUACUACUUCAUCCGAUCGAUGAACAUCAAAGUGCCGUCGAAGAUUUCAAUGGCUAUCACAGUUCUCCAAUUGACUCAAUUCAUGUGUUUCAUCUAUGGAUGUACCUUGAUGUACUAUUCAUUGGCAACUAAUCAGUACACGUGCGACACUCCGAUGUUUGCCCUGAACACUACAUUCGGUCUGAGUCUUUCUUAUUUCUUGCUCUUUGCCAAUUUCUUCAACAAAUCGUAUUUGCAACGAGGUGGAAAGGAACGAAGGGAGAAGAAGAUUGAAUAG